AUGGCGGAGUACGUUGUCGAUGAGCUCGCUCUAAUCGCGGAUCUUUUUUCCGAUGUGCCGGCGGAGUGCAGCGAGAUCUUCCGGCUAGUGCGUCUACAGACGAUAGAUCUACUGACCAUCGACGAGGAAAAUUUUGAACGGAGACUGUCAAUAAUUCCGCACAGUCUAAAUGCAGCGCAGCUUUGGGAAUCAGUGUCCAAUUGGAGGGUUCGAAACAAUCUAGUUGGCGUCUGUAUUGUUAACCAAGACAACAUUGCCGUUCAGCAAACAACGGUUGCUGAAAUUUCCCAGGUGACGAAACCCGAGCCUGAACCAUUAGAUUGGCAUGACCUGUCCUCGGAUCCGGCAAGCUGCAAACCGGGCCCAUCAGGAGUAACCUCAGGAAAGGAAAUACAGGAGGCGGCUUUUCAAAAGCAGGAGGACAUAACAACGAUCCCUGGAACUGCUGAAUGGCCGGUCGGUGACGAGGAUACUGUGGCAGAAAACCCAUCCGAUCAGGAACCGACGGACCCAGCGACAGCGGAAAUCGUCCAGAUCAAGGAACCCGAGCUCUUGAUCGAGCCAACAAGCUGGUAUGACCCGUUCUCGGAUCCAAUGAACUGCAAACCGGGACCGUCGAGAGUAAGCUCGAGGAAGCAGUUGCAAGAACUGGAAAUUGGUUCUUUGGUUUGGCCCAAUCCAACCGUUUCCAAAAACCGCUCAUCUGUGGCAAAGCAAGAGGACAUUACUCCGGCUCCUGGAACGUAUGCAUGGCCGGUCGACGAAGAUGCUGUGACAGAAAACCCAGCCGAACAGGAACCGACGGAUCAAGAAAAUCAGCCCCUUGAUAAGCUGCCUGAAGGAAAACAAAAACCAGAAGAUCUUCCGCCACUGACGCCAACCAUUCUUCGAUCUAUGUUAAAUCAAAGCGAUUUUGGAAAACUAAUCCUGAAAACGGCAAAAACACAUUCUCUCUCGGAAACUGGACGCAAGUUGGUAGUUGAAACAGUCGGGAAGUAUCAUCUGGACCGAAAACGAAAAUGCACAUCCGAUGCAUUGAACGAUCUGAGCGAAGUAAUCAUCAGUUUGUUUGAGAAGGAGUCCAAGGAAACAUAUUACAUACCCGGACCAAAACGCUCGAAUCCACGUGGGAAGCUUUUCAGUCACAUCAACUAUGUGAAUCAGAGGAAUCGCCGAAACGCUAAGCAAGAAGAAGCCCGGACUAAACCCAUGACCGCUGAGCAAGAGGUUGGAAUAGCCCCAGAGGUUGCAGAGGCAAUUGCUUGGCUGGAAAUCAAUACAGCUCCGUGGAUGACUGUUUCGGCGCAGUGGAGAAUCAGUUUUCCUGGAAGAAAACACUUACUCAGACAACACAACAAGUCACAACAGCUCAUCGAUUCAUAUCCACACUUGCGUGAGGAAUUUGGAUACCAACUGCUGGAUGUGGAUUUUCAAAUGUUGGGAUUAGGCCUCCCUUCUGAAGGAACGAAAAAGUGGGGUCCUCUCAUUGAUCAGGUCGCAACAUAUGUUAGCAAGAACGCUAAAGAUUCAUCCGCGAAAGACUUGGUUAAGGCACUAAGGAACAAGGACACACCGCCAGAUAUUAAACUGCCUGUCCUGCUUCGAGCUUUGUGUACAGUUUUGGCACCAGUUAGGGCGACGAAGGGUUUCAAGCCAACCAUUCCCCUUGCUCAAGAAGACAUCUUUUUGCUGGCUGAAACUCGAGAUUUGGCGCUUGCAGAGUUGCAGAAAGAUCUGGACGGAAAAGCAGGUCAACAAGAACCGAUUUCACCAAAACUUAUCGUACUCGGUUCUGAUCUAUCGACGAUUGACGGCAAAUGUAUCAUCAUUUACAAAACGAUUGAAUACACUUGUCCGAAAAUCGUACGUGGCAUUGACGUGCUCACUAAGCUGCGAAUCAUUCUGGGUCUGCCGUAUCCCGUAGCUACAAAGCUUGUGUGGAUGUUCAUAGAACAGUUCGUGUAUGGAGUCAACCCAGUAGGAGGAGGAUAUAUGGUCAUCAACAAGCUGAUUGACUAUCUCGAGCCUAAGGCAAAAUGAUCUUUCCGUGUUGCGUACCCAACUGUACCAGCCAUUUUGCAACAGCAAAUGACCUGUUGGAACAUGUAGCAGAUAUUCAUAAACUUCCAGCUGAAUACUCUUACAGGUGCUCAUAUCCUAAUUGCAUUCAAAUUUUUUCAAACAUAUACUCUUUUAAAAGGCAUCUUAAAAAUCAUAAAUUUGAUACUCCAGAGUUAGCUUCAGGUUCCGGAUUUAGUCAUAAAAAUAUUCCAGCAUCAGAUCCAACAUUAGUCAUUGAUUCUGAACGUAUUACCAGUAAUGAAGAAUGCCAAUCAGAUUCCAAUAACUUAAGAACAUCAGCUCUAGAGUUAACUCUCCGUUUACAUCAGAAAUCGAAUUUUUCUAGACAGGAUGUGACAGAAAUUCAAAAAUUUGUUCAACAGUUCUGUUCAACAGCAGCAGAGAACAUUGAGAACAUGAAUGUUCAGAUAUUAGAAACAGAGAAAAAAUUCCAAUACCAUAAGUAUCUCAGAGAAUUGAAGGAUGCAUUUAAGUUUAUUGACAGCGAUUACAAAUUUAUGGAAUAUUUGAAAAACCUAAAUGUUUAUCAAGAGCCAUCAAUAUUAUUACUUGAUAAUGAUCUCGUUAAAAAAGUUAUAACCGAAGAGGCAAGAAAGUCAUGUUUAGUUUUGAACCCAAUUGAAUUUCAAAUAAGAUCAUUUUUUGAAACUAAUGACAUUUUGAAGCAAACGUUGGAUUACACCGCUAAAUUAGAACAAUCACCUGAUAUACAACAUUUUGUAAACGGAUCUCUAUGGAAACAGAUUAAAUCGAAAUAUUCACAAAACGAUUACAAUUAUGUUCUACCCAUUUGGCUUUAUGCAGAUGAAUUCGAGGUAAACGACCCCCAAAGUUCACACAGUAAAGUUGAUUCAAUUUGCGGUAUAUAUUUCAACUUCCCGACACUUCCUGCGGAACAUCGGUCAAAGUUAUGGAAUAUAUUUGUUGGAGGGUUUAUUAGAAAAGUAGUAAUUAGUCGAACUGGUGUUAACAAACUGGUUGACAUGUUGUUAGUUCCGUUUAAAAAACUCGAAGAUGAAGGAAUAACUUUUCAAUUAGAAUCGCGUCAGGUUAGAGUUCGUUUCGUCCUUUGUCUGUUCCAAGGUGACAAUUUAGGAGUACACACUUUACUGCAGUUAUCGAGCGGAUUUAACGCCAAUUUCUAUUGCCGGUUUUGCCGGAGGCAUAGAACGCAGCUUCAAAGUGAUGAUAAGGAAUACGUUGAAUUUUUACGAAAUGUUGAAAACUAUAAAGAAGAUUUACUCAUAGAUAAGCAUUCUGUUACCGGUAUUAGUGGACCUUCAUCUUUCAAUCAACUAAAAUCUUUUCAUGUAAUAGAGAAUCCUAGUGUCGACGUUAUGCACGAUAUGUUCAGCAACGGAAUUUGCAAGUACGGGUUCACCGCCGCACUCAAUUAUUUCAUUUUAGAAAAACAUUGGCUGACUAUUGAAAUGCUAAAUACAAGAAUUCAUGCCAUAGCAAAGUCAUUAACGGAUAGCAGCUUAAGAAGAAUACCUGAUUUUGAGCUAGCACGGGAAAAGCAAAAAGGAAAAACCGUUACCGUACGUAUGACUGCUGCAGAAAUGAAAUCGUUUUGUAAGAACUUCACUUUAAUAUUGGGGCCUUUUAUCACUGAUUUUAAUGAUUCGGUUUGGACUUUUUGUAAAACUUUAGUAGAAAUUGGAGACUUAAUCAGUUCGUCGACAUGCUCAGAAAUUGCCAUACCUACUUUAAAAAGUAAAAUAGAACUACAUCAUAAACUGUACCAACAAUUAUUCCAAGAUUCAUUAAAGCCUAAGCACCAUUUCCUAGUCCACUACCCUGAAAUCAUAAAAAAGUGUGGUCCAAUAGAAGGAAUGAGCUGUAUUAGAAAUGAGGCAAAACAUCAAAAAUUUAAGGAAUAUGCACAUGUAAUUACCUCCCGUAAAAACAUCGCUUACACAUUAUGCGUUAAAUCAUGCUUACAAUUCAGUCACAAUCUCUAUUUCAAAAGUUUUUUCACAACCGAGGAAGAAAACAAAUUUAGUAUUCAAACUCUUAAUUCUAGACCAUAUAUGAAGAAUAUUCGAGGUCGAUUUCCAUUUGAUGGGAAUGAAACUAUUGCAUUUGCUAAUACGAUUAAAUAUGAAGGUGUUUAUUACACAACAGGACAUUUCUUGACCAUAACAGAAGAUACCGAACUUAAAUUGUUAGAAAUUGAAGAAUUUGUCAAACAUAACGAGGAUAUGUAUGCCAUUUGCAGAGAUUGGAAGAUAGGACACUUUUCUGAUCAUCUAUUAGCAUAUGAAGCAUUGGGCAGAAAGGGAGUCAUGUCCAUUAUCAAUAUGAUCAUAACUGACGGUCAAACACUCAAUGUUAGUGAAGUUAAUAACAAAUACUACUUUAGACUUAGGUAACACUAUAA